CCCUUAUUUUGAAAAUAUCGAGAAACAGGAACGUGGCUUGUUUACAUGGCUGUCACUUCCUUCUCAAAGCUAACCUAGCUAACUGCAGUUUUCCUGAAAAAAUUGGUUUCAAAAAGUAAACUCACCUCUGUUUGGAUUAGCAGCGUUGUAGUGAAAGUGAAUGGCGUCAAACAGAGAUCCAUUUCAGUUCCAAGAAUUUGAAGAGGCUGAAAAUCUUCUGGACAGCCAUCGAGAUGCAGUCACCAUCAGCAUCGAGGAAGAGGAUCUGAAGUCCAAGAGCCAAAGAACUGCUGUUGGUUUUUCUCCAGACCUCACUGAUGAGGAUCCACUUGGCUCCGAUGACAAGGCAGAGCUUCUUGGUGGCCAAAAGAAAACUGCCCCUUUCUGGACAUUUGAAUACUAUCAAACAUUCUUUGAUGUUGAAACACAUCAUGUAAAGGAGAGGAUCAUUGGAUCAAUGUUGCCAUGGCCUGGAAAGAACUUCAUUCAAGUUUACCUACGUAAAAAUCCUGAUCUUUAUGGACCGUUUUGGAUUUGUACAACUCUUGUGUUUGCCACUGCCAUCUGUGGAAACAUAUCCAACUUCCUCUGGUACCAUGGCAGUCCAAACUAUAAAUAUACCCCAGAGUUUGGAAAAGUGACCAUAGCUGCUACAGCUAUCUUCAGCUAUGCCUGGCUAGUGCCCCUUGGCCUAUGGGGUUUCCUGCUGUGGAGAAAUAACAAGAUCUUAAACCUGGUGUCUUAUACCUUUAUGGAAAUCGUCUGUGUGUAUGGAUACUCUCUGUCAAUUUACAUACCAGCUGUGGUCCUGUGGAUUCUCCCAUAUGAGUGGCUCAGGUGGUGUUCCAUCGUGGUGGCCCUCUGCCUCUCUGGCUCAGUCCUGGUGAUGACGUUUUGGCCCGCGCUCAGAGAUGACAACCCCAGGGUCAUCAUGGCGGUUGUUUCAGCCAUUGUGUUGCUCAAUGGGCUGCUAGCUGUUGGUUGUAAGACCUACUUCUUCAGCAAACCAGAUGUGGAAGCUCAUGUUAGCAGUUCUCUUAAAACAGAGGCUGUCCAGUCGACGUUAUCGACAUGAAUACAUGGCAUUGUUUGAAGGUUCUCCUGUUGCCUUAGUAGAGAGAAUCGGGUUCCUGUGCAGAUGACGUCAUGGGUCGGUUGGAUUUCAUCCACACUUGGACAUUCCAGCCCAACGCCUUGAAAAGCCAGCGUGUAAACUUGGUGCAGCAGCGUUACCAUGAGAUUGAAAACUGGUUUCAAGUAUGUUACUUCUAAUGGGAUGGGAUCUAAACAAAACUAAAGUUAAUUGGGGGUGUAGAAUUACACAACGCACGAUAUCUGUUGUGCUGGUGUUGUUUUCGCCUUUCUGUCGCUCAUUUAAAAUGUUUAAGUAGAUAAGUUUGUGCAAUAAUGAUUGCAGCACCAACACUAUUUUAUACGUGCAUUUCUUUUACAGUAUAUUUCUUUAAUAGGAACGGGUACGUUUAUUUUAUAUAUAAAUUUAAAGUAUGAUUAACUAUAGGUAUUGGUAAGAAAUUCAAGGAUUUAUUAUCAAGUACCCUGUAAAGGUGAUGGGGUGGGAUUUUCUUAGUGGCCUCAACUAUUGCCAAAACCUGGUUUAAAUAAAAUUUCAAAUGAUUUUGUAAAUAUUUUAUACAUAAUUUGUUGUCAUUAUAACAAACAUCUUACAAUAAAGUCUGCUGAAUUUCA